AAAGUUUGAUGGCUGACAUUACCUUCAGCUGUUUAUAUCUCACAAAGGUAGAUACAUGGAAACAUUAACUUUACUUUGGAUUGUCUCUGUGGCUUUUACAGGUUUAACCAAAGCAGCCGGUGUGUUGCCAGACGGUCCUCUGAAUGCAGCCGUGGGAGAGACGGUGAUGUUCAGCACAACACUGACUCCACAGGGAACUUCAAUUAUAGUAGUAAACUGGAAAUUUGGUACUAAAGAAAUAUUCACUUUCAAUGUUAAGAACGUCACUGCACCAGAGUACGAAGGCAGGAUCACCUACUUCAUGUCUACUGGAUCUCUGGAGCUCAGAAAUGUGGCUCUUAAUGACAGCGGAGAAUACACAGUUAACAUUUUCUUAUUGGGAGAAUCACCGAAGCCAGGAAACACAAGACUGGACGUACUGGUGAAAGUCUCCAAUGUUGUAGCAACUGCCAGCAGCACAGACCUGGUGGAGUUCAACAGCUCCGUCAGUCUGUCCUGCUCCUCCUCUGGACCCUCGCUCUCCUUCCUCUGGCUGAACAGCAGCUCUGAGGUUACAGGAAGUGACAGAGUUCAGCUCACUGAUGGAGGCUCCAAUCUCACUAUAAAUAAUGUGACCCGCUACGACCAGGGACCAUUCAGGUGUAAUGUGUUCAAUCCUGUCAGCUCUGACAUCAGUAAUCUAAUAAACUUCUCCAUCAGCUACGGCCCAGAUAAUAUUCAUUUGAUGAUAUUUACAUCGCAAGAAUAUUAUGAUGAAGGGUCAAACAUCAUCCUGAUGUGCUCAGCUGAGUCCAGACCUCCUGCACAGUUCCAGUGGUUUCUGAAUGGAGGCCUGUGGUCUGAUGGAGCAGAGCUCAGACUGGUGGACAUUCAGGAGAGUUUAACCAAAGCAGCCGGUCUGUUGCCAGACGGUCCUCUGAAUGCAGCUGUGGGAGAGACGGUGAUGUUCAGCACAACACUGCCUCCACAGGGAACUUCAAUUAUAGUAGUAAACUGGAAUUUUGGUACUAAAGAAAUAUUCACUUUCGCUGGUAAGAACUUCACUGCACCAGAGUACGAAGGCAGGAUCACCUUCUUCAUGUCUACUGGAUCUCUGGAGCUCAGAAAUGUGGCUCUUAAUGACAGCGGAGAAUACACAGUUAGCAUUAUCUUAUUUGGAGAAUCACCGAAGCCAGGAAACACAAGACUGGACGUACUGGUGAAAGUCUCCAAUGUUGUAGCAACUGCCAGCAGCACAGACCUGGUGGAGUUCAGCAGCUCCAUCAGUCUGUCCUGCUCCUCCUCUGGACCCUCGCUCUCCUUCCUCUGGCUGAACAGCAGCUCUGAGGUUACAGGAAGUGACAGAGUUCAGCUCACUGAUGGAGGCUCCACUCUCACUAUAAAUAAUGUGACCCGCUACGACCAGGGACCAUUCAGGUGUAAUGUGUCCAAUCCUGUCAGCUCUGGCAUCAGUAAUCUAAUACACUUCUCCAUCAGCUACGGCCCAGAUAAUAUUCAUUUGAUGAUAUUUACAUCGCAAGAAUAUUAUGAUGAAGGAUCAAACAUCAUCCUGAUGUGCUCAGCUGAGUCCAGACCUCCUGCACAGUUCCAGUGGUUUCUGAAUGGAGACCUGCGGUCUGAUGGAGCAGAGCUCAGACUGAUGGACAUUCAGGAGAGUCACAGUGGGAACUACAGCUGUCAGGCCUUUAACAGCAGAACUCUGAGAUAUAUAACAUCUCAGCCUGAAUCUGUAACUGUACUGGAGAGAAUAUCAGACGCUUCGGUCACAUCUACAAACCUGCAGAUUGAGGGGAACUCUUCUAAGUUGACCUGUGACGCUGCUGGCUCUGUCUUCACCAGAAAGUGGAAGAAAGGCGUCUUGGAUCUGACUCUGACUGUAAACAUGAGUCUCAGUGACAACAACAGAGUGCUGUCUUUUAUCAGUCUGAAUAAGACAGACACUGGAGAUUAUUUCUGUGAAAUCAGCAACCCCUUCAGCAGUGAGGAAGCCAAAUACUUCCUGGUGGUUAACUACGGUCCAGAAAAUGUUAAAAUCACCGAUGACAGUGAGACGACUUUAAAAUUAACCUGCUCUGCAGAAUCUGUUCCGCCUGCGAGUUACGUCUGGAUGCUGAACGGGGCGGUGAUACACAAUUCUGCUGUGUUCACUAAAGACAUCACUGAUGUUUCUGACGGAGACGACUACGUCUGUGAAGCGAUGAAUAAUAUAACUGGGAGAAAAUCUUCAGCGGUCUAUAGAUGGACUGCAACAG